CCGUGUGGACCGUCACUGUUCUCCCUACCAACUGCAAGCAUUAUGUCGCUUUCCAAGCCCUUCACGGUCUCUAGGAUUAACGAUUUGAUUCUCGGGUCGUUCUCCGCGUUUCCGCCCUCUGCAACAUUGGACCACCUGGUGCGGUAUUUGGGAACAUGGAGUGGUAGCGAUAAAUUGUUCAUGGUGCUACAAUAUACCCUGAAAUUACUGGUGCCUCUCUUGAAUCUGCGAGCGCGCCUGCAGUGUCGAGCUGGACUGAGGAAGGACCCUACGAGCUCGGCUGCUGUCGAGAUAGCCAAAUUUGCAAAAAUCAUCAAUGAUUCACGGACUUUGUGGAGAUUCUGGGGCCUGUUGCCCAUAUUCCAGUGGCUGAUCUCUCUGGAGAGGAACCCCCAGCCGACGCGUAAUUUGCUUACCAUUGAGCGGUUACAAGGGUGGUCGAUGUUGGGCUACUACCCUCUUGAACAUCUUAGUUAUCUCACAUCCCGGGAUAUCAUCCCCUCCACUAUCUCUCCUCCUCUUGCUCCUCAAAAAGCCAUUACACUGAAGCCAGGACCUAUGGGAAUGUGGUCCUGCCGCUUUUGGGCCGCGUAUAUCAUUCUUCAGUUCGCUCACUUGAGAGAGGACCGGAAGCUAUUGCUGUCGCGACAACGUACGUUGCGCAAGGCGAAAGGCGCGGGAAUCACUGAGUCGGAAAAGAUGGAAAUACGGAAUCGAUGGGACUCGUAUUGGAAUGAGAUGGUGCUGAACUUGGGGAAUCUUCCGCUUGCUCUUCACUGGUCAACCGAGAAAGGUUUCAUCAAGAAUGAGGUUUGGGUCGAUAUCCUUUGCCUCAUCACUGCAUUAGCAUCCUUCCGUGGUGGCUGGAGAGCGACGGCUUUACCCUCUCCUCCUCCUCCGGCUCCUACGCCUGCCGAAGUAGUAGUUCCUCCGACGGAAGCUAAGGAAGCUAGUGCGGACGUUCCGACGGUGGCGUACGACGUCUCCGGCUAAGAGGUGUGCCACUCGGAUAUCUGCGCUACAAAGAAGCAGAAAGAAGAUAAUUAAGCAGAGGGAUGGAAAAGUACCGCAACUAUCUAUGCAAAAAGUCGCUUAUUCCCAUUGUACAUUAUUUAUAUGGAGCUGGAAGAAAUGUGGCUAAUUUAUUUAUGUCUUGAUCUUC